AUGGAACAGAAGUGGCCAAUCAGAGUCAUCGUCACUGAUUGUGACAUUGGAAGAAUCAGUCUUGAUCAGAAACGAGGCAGCCUUGAGUCUUUUUUGGAACACUUGAAAGUUAAACUGGCGCUACCAUAUGACUUCAAACUACAGUUUGAAGACCCACUGUUUAACAAUGCCUUCUGCAAUCUGACAGAUGUAUCAGAACUGCCAGAUCCAGCCACGCUGAAAAUUAUAAGUCUUGAGUCCCUGUCUUCGGUCUCUAGCACACCGUCCUCAAUGAGCACAUCUGAUACAGAGAUACUGUAUACAAAUGAAGAAAAAUCUCAAUUGAUGAGGCCGGAUCCUUGGCCUUCUGCAUUUGAUAUUCCAGAGUUCUCUGUGGAUGUAAAUUUUCGACUGAGACAGGGAGACCUUGCCUAUAUGAAGGAUGGAACUCGGAUGGAUGUUUCUCGAGACAUGAAACAUGUGAUCUUAGAAAGACUGGCAGAGACAAUGUACAAGUACACAGCAUACCCCACAGAGGAACACUGUCAAGAAGUGGCCUCUGCACUGAUUGCAAAACAUCCCUGUCUGAAAGAAGCUGGAUCAUCCACUGGAUAUUGUGGAUGGAAGAAUAGCAUUAAGUUCAAGAUGGGGAAUUUCCGUACAAAAAUGAGAAGAUCUGGAAUGACCGAUGUCACGGUGAAUGGCAGCAGGCGGAAGAGGGAUUUCCCUGAAGGAGAGCCAUCAUGUAGUAACAUAAGAAGGCCAAGAAGAAGUGAGACAAAUUUCUUGCCAAAUUUUCCUGAUGGUGAAAAUACAGAUACUCUUGAGUCCGUUAGAAGACAGCUUGAAAGUGAAGCAAAGAAAAGGCUUCCGGACUCAGUUGAUGUGAAGAAAACGAUGGACCAGACAUUUUCUUUGCGAAGCAAAGAAAUCGUCUUUGCCGAGUUCUAUAGAGUUGCCAGUAAGAACCUCAAGAAUGACUUUUACGAAGCUGUGGACCACUAUACCACUCGUCUCAUUGAACUCUUCAAAACCAGAAAAGGAGCUAUUGGCCAAUCGCUUGAUCACCUCCUCCAGCCAAUCAAUACACAAGAUUCGGACACUGCAUGUGACUUCACCCAGGUGCCUGUUGGGGUUCUUAGAAUCAUGACUGAGGACACGCCACCAUUGAUUAACAGCAUUGCAAUCAUCCUUGAAGGAAACAUUGUCAUGGAUGAGAUUCCCACAACCUCUCAAGCACUUUGUCUUCUGUGGUUGAUCCUCCUUUCUGUUUCUUUGGGUAAAAAGAUGUCUGUGACCGAGAAGCAUGAGAAUCCCACAAAAAGGAUGACUCCUCGAAAGAUGCUGUUGAGGACGAACGCCAUGGCAGAAGGUCCAUUGGAGACUCAGCAGGUGUACAAACUGCUGUAUUGGGUCAACCAGAAAAAUCAAGCAGAGAUUGAGAAAAUUCUGCUUUUGGGCGUCCCCGGUCUGCUCAACCUGACAGAGCCGAAAGAGGGGCUCAGUGCCCUGCACCUGGUUUCGGUGGCCAAUGAUCUGGACAUGGCUAAUUUCCUCCUGUCUCUGAACGCUCAUCCUGAUGUGCAGGACAAAAGGGGACGGACUCCAGUGAUGCUCGCUGCAGAACUUGGUCAUAUCAGCAUGGUGCAGCUUUUGGCCAGUCAUCAAGCCAGCAUGACCAUAGUGGACAAAGAGGGCAAAGGAUUGCUGUUUUACUGUUUUGGCCCAACGAAAAUGCACACACAAAUCCUGGAGAUGGUGAUUAACCUGGAUGCAGAUAUUCACAAUGUUUCCUCCACGGGGAAAUCUGUGUUCAUGUUUGCCUGUGAACAUGCAAUGGAUUAUGAGCACCUCUGCAUACGGCUUUUAGAGAGUGGAGCCGAUCCCAACGUCACUGAUCCUGUGACUGGCUACACGGCUCUGAUGGCGGCAGUGAAAGCCGGAUCUGUGGCGUUGGUGAAAGCGAUCCUGCAGCGCGGAGGAAACCCAAACAGAGUUGACAAGAUACGACUGACUGCUGCUCACAUUGCAGCAGGCAAAGGUUUCUUCAAGAUGCUGAUGAUGUUGUCAGCGUACGCAGCUGAUUUCAGCAUGACGACCGUGCUUGGAAACACGGCAGUGCAUGUAGCUGCAGCUGAAGGCCAGACACACUGCUGCAGGUUUCUGUUUCAGAGAGGUUGCAACGUGAUGACGAAGAAUACGCUGGAUUUACUUCCAAGUCAGAUUGCUAAAAAAAAUGGCCACAAAGCUACUCUGAAGGAACUGAAAAAUGCAGAGAACUCUUUGAGCUCUGGAAGCCUACCUGCCAUCUCUGAAGCCAGGCUGCACGAUUGGUCACUUGAGCAUAAAAGAGUGCUGAAGAAGGCCUUCCAAGUUGCUGAGGGUGAAGACUUUUCUGGGGAGCUUAUUAAACUGGAGACAUUUGUGUCUGUCCUGCAGGCGCAUCACGCUCCUAUAGAUGCCGAUCAUCUGAAAAGUGUCGCAACCAUGCUUGACAUGAAUUAUGGCAAAAUUGCCAUCAGUGACUUCUUCAAGGGACAUGGUUUCCUGCCAGAAAACUAUGCCUUCUCAUGCUACGAGCGUAUCAAAUCGACAGGAGGCAAAACGGAGGCAAAGAAAAAAGAGUGCCCUCUGCCCAUUGACACAAAACCUCCAGAUAUGAUGCAGGAAACUGACACGAUCCCGCAGUCCAUGAGUAUCAGUGCUGACUCCCCUGACGACCUGUCUUCGCACUUGGAUGAGCCCAAGGAAAUUUAUGUCAACAUCAGCCGAUGUGUGAGAACAAAUGACUUUAAGUCACUGAGGUUAGCGUUUAGCCAACAUGUCCCUGUGGACAUUAGGGAUUGUUUUUACAAAACGCCACUCAUGAUUGCCUGCAAUGGAGGGAACUACAAGAUGGCUCAUUUCCUCAUUUCACACAGGGCGAAUGUGAACACGUUCGAUCAGUUUCAAUGGACUUGCCUACAUCACGCCUGCUUCGGUGGGCAUGAAAGCAUCAUCAAGCUUUUACUGAAGCAUGGUGCUGUUAUAGAUGCCACGACCUCAAAUGGAAUGACGCCACUAAUGAGGGCCAUCCAAAGCUGCAAAUUCAGCUGUGUGGAUCUGCUCUUGAAAUCCGGCGCAAACAUUGAGGCCACAAACAAACGUGGACAAAACUGUUUGGUCCUUGCCCAGAUGUAUGGAUCUAAGGAAAUCUGCGAUUUGAUCAACACUGGCAUGCAAAGCUCCACCGUGCAAGAUCAGGGGAAAAAGCCACCUCAGAAAUCAAAACCUCCUGAAGAGAAGGUGUGGGGGAAGAAGGUUGUCUUGUCCUCUCGGCUGAAGCAGAUGCAAAUUGACAGGAAGAACCGGUUUUCCAAUGUGGACAUCCUGGCGAUCAAGGAUGAUGGUAGAAAAAAGCAUAAACUCGCCAAACAAAAAAAGUAG